AUGGCUAGUCUCAUUCGCCUCGCCCUGUAUCUGGGAGCUUUGCUACCUGCUGCUCUUGCUGCUCCCACUGCACCCAGCAAGGGCGCAGACGUAAUCCCUGGGAAAUAUAUUGUCACCCUCAAGUCUUCUGCUUCCUCUGCCAAGGUUGAGUCUCACCUUCAGUGGGUUGGUGAUGUCCAUCGCCGCAGCCUUUCUAAGCGUGACACUGCAGGUAUCGAACAUACCUUCAACAUCCAAAACUGGAAUGCCUAUGCUGGACAGUUCGAUGAGGACACCAUCAAGGAAAUCGAGGCCAGCCCAGAGGUUGCUUUCGUCGAACCUGACAAGGUUGUUAAGCUCAGCUUCGAGCCAUCCAACGAACUGUCUGAUAGGGCCCUGACCACCCAAUCGGGAGCUCCCUGGGGUCUUGGAACAAUCUCCCACCGCACCUCCGGUUCCACCAGCUACAUCUAUGAUACCUCUGCUGGCGAGGGCACUUACGCUUAUGUUGUCGACAGCGGUGUUUUGAUUUCUCACUCACAGUUCGGUGGCCGCGCCGUCGCAGGAUACAGUAUCUUUUCUGGAGCUAACACUGACACUCUUGGACACGGUACCCAUGUUUCUGGCACUAUCGCCGGCUCUACCUAUGGUAUUGCUAAGAAGGCGAACAUUGUCUCCGUCAAGGUUUUCCAGGGAGCAGAGGGAACCGAUUCUGGUGUACUCGCUGGUUUCAACUGGGCUGUGAACGAUAUCACCUCCAAGGGUCGUGCCGGCAAGGCCGUUAUCAACCUUUCCCUUGGUGGUGAUGCAUCUCAAGCUUGGGUAACUGCUAUUGACGCUGCAUACAACUCUGGGGUCCUCUCCGUUGUCGCCGCCGGAAACGGCGAUGAGAAUGGAAACCCGCUGCCUGUAUCCAGUCAGUCCCCUGCCAAUGCAGCCAACGCCAUCACUGUUGCUGCUCUCACCUCUGCCUGGAAACCUACUUCAUUUACCAACUACGGCUCUGGUGUCGAUAUCUUUGCUCCCGGUCAAAGCGUUCUGUCUGCAUGGAUCGGAUCCAACAGCGCCACUAACUCUAUUAGUGGUACUUCAAUGGCUUCUCCUCAUGUCGCUGGUCUCGCCCUGUAUCUGAAGGCUCUUGAAGGUCUUACUACGCCUGCUUCCGUUACAAGCCGAAUUAAGGCUCUUGGAACUUCCGGAAAGAUCACUGGUACCCUAUCGGGUAGCCCUAACCUGAUUGCCUAUAAUGGAAAUGGCGCGUGUCACCCGAGUUUUGUCAACGCUGUUCAAUAG